AAAAGGAAAGCCCCUUUUCCCUUUUUCCCACCAUCACUGUCAUUCCUUCUUGUUUGGAUGCCAGUGGAAGAUCCAGAUUCUUGGAGCUAUGGCAGCCAUUUUGGGAACAUGAGGGAUCCGACUGCGUGAAUAUGUCGAAACAGCCAGUUUCCAAUGUCAGAGCCAUCCAGGCAAACAUCAAUAUCCCAAUGGGAGCCUUUCGGCCAGGAGCUGGGCAGCCCCCCAGAAGAAAAGAAUUUACUCCUGAAACGGAGGAGGGUGUUCCUCCCACCUCGGAUGAGGAGAAGAAGCCAAUUCCAGGAGCGAAGAAACUUCCAGGACCUGCGGUCAACCUAUCAGAGAUCCAGAAUAUUAAAAGUGAACUGAAAUAUGUCCCCAAAGCUGAACAGUAGCUGAAAGAAAAAAGGUUUGGUGUGAAGACUUGAAGAGGUAAAGAUGGAUUCAAAUGAACAGAGCUUUCUAAAAAUUUUAUAUAUUUGUAUGAAGAUUAUGAACCUCCAGAAUGCCUGAGACUCUAGAAGAAAUGUCCUGUUUGUACAUUUAUAUCUCUUCCUUCUAUCUGGCUGCAUUUCUUAAUUUAACUUAUCUUCAUUUUUGGCACCUUGUAGAACAAGUGAGCCCUUGAAGUCACCAUUUGGAGGGUGUGGUUUGGAGGAGGGAUAUACUGUUAUGGUAAGAGAUAUAGAAAUGUGCAGAACAGUGCUUUUGAUCAUAAGUUCUAUAAGCUACUUUCCACAAUAUUUUGGUCAAUAUUUGGAAUGCAUUUUAGUUCUUCACCUUUUGAAUUAUGUCAACAACCUUUUUAUGAGUUCAAAUAAAUAUUUCA